AUGCCCCGACCCCUCUCGUCACCGGUGGUCUAUCGCCUCGAGCACUUCAAACCGAAGCGCGAGUGGGUGCCUGACAAGCGUCGCUCGAGUUGCGCGGCGUGCAACAAGCAGUUCCUUCUGCGGCUGCGGCGAAAGCACCACUGUCGCCGCUGUGGCGACGUCGUCUGUCGCGCGUGCUCUCAGUUUGUGACGUCGGAGCUCCCGCUCGUCGGCCUCACCCCAGUGCGUGUCUGUCGACCGUGUAUUAUCCGCGAUAUUACAUCCGACACGCUGGACGUCAACCUCGAGCAACUCGUCGUCGACCACGACACGCUGUACCGGACGACAGAGCUCAUUCUCUUUAGCCCGCUCGCGUGUUCCAAAGUCGAGGAUGGCUUCGGCCAGCGGCAUCACGCCACCUUUGUCGAAGAAGACGAAGAAGACGACGUUGAAGAGAGUGAACCUCGUCGGCCCAAGUGGUCGCAGUUCAAAGCUAUGUUCAAGGCGCUUACGCCCACGAUCCCGUCUUCGCCCCCUGCGUGUUGA